GUUUCCCACAAUGCCCCGGUGCGGUGCAGCCGCGGAUGGAUGCUGCGGGAAGGGGCUGCCAUUUGCUGCCCCUGCCAGCGGCGCGCGGACCUGCCCGCGCUCCCGUUGCCUCCAGCGCCCUCAGCCCGCCCGGCCUUUGCAGCCGCACCGCCUCGGCUUCCUCCGCGGCCGCCGGAGCGGUCGCCAUGAACCCCAGCUCCUCGGCGGGAGAGGAGAAAGGGGCGACGGGCGGCAGUAGCAGCAGCGGAAGCGGCGCCGGGAGCUGCUGCCUAGGCGCCGAGGGCGGCGCGGACCCGCGGGGUGCUGGGGCAGCGGCUGCUGCUGCCCUGGAGGAGCCCGCGGCCGCCGGACAGAAGGAGAAGGAAGAGGCGCUGGAGGAGAAGCUGAGGGACUUAACUUUCCGGAAGCAGGUCUCUUACAGGAAAGCCAUCUCCCGGACAGGCCUCCAGCACCUGGCUCCUGCACAUCCUCUUGGCCUUCCUGUGGCGAACGGUCCCGCAAAGGAGCCCAGAGCAACUCUGGACUGGAGCGAGAAUGCUGUGAAUGGGGAACACCUAUGGCUGGAGACCAACGUCUCAGGCGACCUCUGCUACCUGGGAGAGGAGAACUGCCAAGUCCGAUUUGCAAAAUCCGCUCUAAGGAGGAAGUGUGCAGUCUGCAAAAUUGUGGUCCACGCUGCCUGCAUUGAGCAACUAGAGAAGAUUAAUUUCAGAUGUAAACCAACAUUUCGGGAAGGAGGCUCCAGAUCACCAAGAGAAAACUUUGUGCGUCAUCACUGGGUCCACAGGCGGCGGCAGGAGGGGAAAUGUAAGCAGUGUGGUAAGGGCUUCCAGCAAAAGUUCUCCUUCCACAGUAAAGAGAUCGUGGCCAUCAGCUGUUCUUGGUGCAAGCAGGCGUUUCACAAUAAGGUGACCUGCUUCAUGCUGCAUCACAUUGAGGAACCCUGCUCCCUGGGGGCCCACGCUGCUGUCAUUGUCCCACCCACCUGGAUCAUUAAGGUGAAGAAACCUCAGGCUCUCAACACUUGGUCAAACAUCUAUUAUAUGGUGAUCUCCAUACCAGGAGAUGAACUUGAACUUGGUUGGGCGGGAGACGGACCUGGUUGGGCGGGAGACUGGAGCCCCUCAGAGAAUUUGGGAUUCUUCCAUUUUUACUGGGAGGGUUGGCAGAACUCCCUGAAGGCUUCCAGUCGGAAGAAGAAAAGAACAAGCUUUAAAAGGAAAGCCAGUAAAAGAGGAACUGAGCAGGAAAACAAAGGUCGUCCUUUUGUGAUCAAGCCCAUAUCCUCUCCUCUCAUGAAGCCUUUGCUUGUGUUUGUGAACCCAAAGAGUGGGGGCAACCAGGGAACCAAAGUCCUUCAGAUGUUCAUGUGGUACCUGAAUCCACGGCAAGUCUUUGAUCUUUCUCAGGAAGGGCCAAAAGAUGCGCUGGAGUUGUACAGGAAGGUACCAAAUCUGAGAAUUCUGGCCUGUGGUGGGGAUGGAACGGUGGGCUGGAUCCUCUCCAUCCUGGAUGAGCUGCAGCUGAGUCCACAGCCUCCUGUGGGGGUCCUUCCACUGGGGACUGGGAAUGACCUGGCUCGGACGCUCAACUGGGGAGGGGGUUACACUGAUGAGCCUGUUUCUAAGAUCCUGUGCCAGGUAGAAGAUGGCACCAUUGUACAGCUGGAUCGCUGGAACCUUCAUGUGGAGAGAAACCCAGACUUGCCCCCCGAGGAACUUGAAGAUGGCGUGUGUAAGCUUCCUCUGAAUGUCUUCAACAAUUACUUCAGCCUCGGAUUUGAUGCCCACGUCACCCUGGAGUUCCAUGAAUCCCGAGAAGCAAAUCCAGAGAAAUUCAAUAGUCGUUUUCGAAAUAAAAUGUUCUAUGCAGGCGCAGCCUUUUCUGAUUUCCUACAGAGAAGUUCUAGAGAUCUAUCCAAGCACGUCAAAGUUGUUUGUGAUGGGACAGAUCUCACCCCAAAGAUCCAGGACCUGAAGUUCCAGUGUAUAGUAUUUUUAAAUAUACCCAGAUAUUGUGCUGGCACAAUGCCUUGGGGAAACCCUGGAGAUCACCAUGAUUUUGAACCCCAGCGUCACGAUGACGGCUAUAUUGAAGUCAUCGGAUUCACCAUGGCCUCUUUGGCUGCCCUGCAAGUUGGGGGCCACGGAGAAAGGCUGCACCAGUGUCGGGAAGUGAUGCUUCUGACUUACAAGUCCAUCCCCAUGCAAGUAGAUGGGGAACCGUGUAGGUUGGCACCUGCCAUGAUUCGGAUCUCCUUGAGGAAUCAGGCCAACAUGGUACAGAAGAGCAAGCGGAGAACCUCCAUGCCUUUGCUCAAUGACAUCCAUCAGGUGCAAGCUGCGGACCUGCGGCGAGUGUCUGCUCCCCCCGGCUCCUUUACCAUUCCCCAGUCUGUCCCAGAUCGCCUGAGGAUCCGAGUGAACAAAGUCAGUCUACAAGACUAUGAAGGACUCCAUUAUGACAAAGAGAAACUCCGGGAAGCCUCCAUCCCUCUGGGUAUUCUAGUUGUUCGUGGAGACUGUGACUUGGAGACUUGCCGUAUGUACAUAGACCGCCUACAGGAGGACUUGCAGUCAGUUUCUUCUGAGUCACAGAGAGUUCAUUACCAGGACCAAGAACCCUCCUUCCCCAGGGCGCUCUCAGCUCAGAGGUUGUCCCCUCGGUGGUGCUUCCUAGAUGCAACUUCUGCUGACCGCUUUUAUCGAAUAGACAGAUCUCAGGAACAUUUGCACUUUGUAAUGGAGAUUUCUCACGAUGAGAUUUUUAUUCUGGACCCAGAUAUGGUGGUGUCACAGCAGGCAGGGACACCUCCAGGAAUGCCUGACCUGGUGGUUGAACAGGCUUCGGGGCUGUCUGACUGGUGGAACCCUGCCCUGAGGAAACGCAUGCUGAGUGACAGUGGGUUGGGGAUGAUCACACCCCACUACGAGGACUCAGAUAUGAAAGAUCUCAGUCACUCCAGAGUGCUACAGUCACCAGUCUCUUCAGAAGAUCAUGCAAUUUUGCAGGCAGUAAUAACUGGUGACCUUAUGAAGCUCAUAGAAAGCUAUAAGAACGGAGGCAGCUUGUUAAUUCAGGGACCAGACCACUGUUCACUCCUUCACUACGCAGCUAAAACUGGCAAUGGGGAGAUUGUGAAGUACAUCCUUGACCAUGGACCUGCAGAAUUAUUGGAUAUGGCAGACAGUGAAACGGGCGAGACCGCACUGCACAAGGCUGCCUGCCAACGGAACCGGGCUGUGUGCCAGCUUCUGGUGGACGCAGGAGCAUCGCUGAGACAGACAGACUCCAAGGGAAAGACACCCCAAGAACGAGCACAGCAGGCUGGGGACCCAGAUUUGGCUGCUUAUCUAGAAAGCCGACAGAACUAUAAGAUCAUUGGCCAUGAAGACUUGGAGACCGCUGUUUGACCCUGGUUGACAGGCAAAAAGAACUUGAGCAAGCGUAUCACCUACGCCCUCCUGGCCACUGGGCAGCUCCCCUGGAAGAAGCUAAUGGAAUCCAUAUCCGCCUCUCUCCUGCAAGGAUCUAUCUGAGACCACACUACCAGGUUUUAAGGGCUACCGGGAUGUACAACAGGACAUGAUAGCCCAUUGAGAAAGAGGCAGGCUACCUGGAGAUUUGUGGAGUACUCGUUCCACAAAAUUUGAUCCUUAUUGCUUCCAGCAAGUAGCAUGAACUUCUGUGUUCACCUGUCUAAUUUAUUUUAAAGAUUCCGAGGAUGUUCACAUAAAUGGCACUGCUCCCUUAUCCCUCUCUGCAUUCAUCUUUCCCCUGUACCCCAGAAUUCUACUGUAAUCACCCAUCAAUUAAGAAAAUAUACUAUAUCGUCUCUUUACUUUCAGUCUUCCAACCACAAGGUUGUCUGAAGGUCUUUGAAACCCUCCCGGAUGUUUUGCAGAAAUAUAUCUGUAAAACCACUUCCAUUUGCAGACUAAAUAUACCAAGACUAGUUAGUGGCUUUGCAUGCCCCCUCCCCCUCUGGUUUCGUCACUUAGGAGCCGGGAAGUGCCAUGGGGGCAAGGUCAACUUGUGUGCUCUGUCUCUGAGGUCUGGUGAAGCAGCAUGGGAGCUGUCUGUGCUUGAAGUCAGUGCAGGCAGCUGUGCUGUCGGUGGUAGGGAGGACUGGUUCAGCUUGAGCUGUUUGUACAGCUCGGUACUGCCUAUGUGUCGCCAUCUUUGCCUUCUGCCGCAGUAGAGAUGCGUCAAGGCUUCAAUGGGAGCCCAUAGCUCGUUUACAGAGCCGUGUGAUUCUAAGUGCUGUUUCAAUGACAGGGUUGGACCUGUGUAGGACAGUGGUAUAGGAAAUGGAGCAUUCAAAUCCUAAGCUUUGUAAAUUGAUACUAGGAAGUGGUCUGGUUGACUUGAAAAAAAAAAUAGCAAAAAUAAAAGUAGCAAUGUGUGUUACAACAAUAUACUUCAGCAGGAAAACAGCCUCAGCAUUUUGGGCUGAGGCUCACUACUACAGGCUCAUGGAUACAGUGGUGAAAGGGGGUCCACAUUUAUUUCUCUAAGAGUUCAGUUUUCAUGGUGUCAAGGAAGGCUUGAGCCAAGGACAAAGCCUCAUUUCACCAGUUCCAUGGCCAGACUCUCAGGAUGCCUGGCCCUUCCUAGUCUGUGCUUCCCCUAUGAUUUUUUAGGUUCUGAGAUCAUGUUUGAUGACCCUAUUUCCCACAUGUUUGGGGGGUCUAUGAAGCUCUUUUCCUGACUUUAUUUUCUCCUGUCACAAACUUCUUAACUUAAACCACUGUGACAGAAACACUUUAUGAAAUUGUCACUUCUGUUCAUGCCCGUGGAUCUGGAGGAAUCAGGUAAUAAAGAGGAGGAAAAAAAGCAAAACAAUUUCUAUUCAAACAUCUCCUUGACUUAGGUGUGGGUCAUGAAUACAAAUGGUGUAUGUGGGGGCUUUUCUUUCUGCUUCCUUCCAUUAUUCUUUUGAACUCAGGAAAAUGUUCCUCUGUGUUUCUGCAUGUGACCAUUAAUCUCACAGUCCAAUGGGGACAAAUUGUUUAAAGAAUCUUAUGUCAUCAUUUUGAAAGGAUGGAUAUGAUGUACCAUAUUAAGUGUAAGCAAGCUUUGAGUAGGUGGGGAUUCCAUUACCAGACACUCCCUAUAGUCAUUUUCAAGAUCAAACUUGGCAUCAUUUCUAGCUGGGGGGAAGUGGGUUGGCUAAGAGUAAUAUGUUUCUAGUCAUCCAUCUCCGAACUGCAACUCUCUCUUAGAUUUUACAGGGAGGGAAAGCAGAGGGUCUGGACUAGAUUGUUUCCAGGAACUGAAGUCACUGAGUUUCUGUUAGGAGUUUUUCAGUUGUUGGGGCUGUCAAGGAAAUAUUGUGAUGACAAAUAUAAUCCCUAGAAUGGACUGGAACCUGGCUUUGAAUGGAACCUUCCAUCUCUGAGAUUGAGCCAAAUCCUUGGCCAAGCAGUUGGUUAUCCAGCUGGCCACUGCUGAGAUGUAGGACUAUAUUUUCAUCAACCACCAUCUCACAUUUCUGUGAGAAUGCUUCAAAACAGCCCAGAGAAUAUUUAGGAUAGAGGUGGCUAUGGGCCAGUUCCCAAUGACUCCAAGGCACAAAUAAGUCCCUGGCAUGAAAGUAGAUGCAGUAUUGACUACUGUAAGGGUCCUGGUACAUGUUGAAAUUACCCUCCCCCCUCCAAAAAAAGAAAAAAAAAUAGAUUCUGCAUUAUUGUUGAGGAGCAAUAUACAUGAUCUGUCUCUGGAAAAAAUAGCACCUCUAGAACUUGGAGUUUCAACAACAAUGUGAGCAGAGAAGGCACAAAUCUCAUGAUUUCAGCAUUAAGUCUACCUCCUGUAGGAUUUUCUUUAAAUUAUUUGUUGUGUGUGAUAGUUCUGAGCAUUAGAAAGCUAAAACCGUGUGGUCCAGGGUGCCUGCCUCUGCUUAAGUAUAUAGUGUCACAUUUACUGAUCCAACAGGAGGUACAGAAGAAAAUGGUACAAUCCUGGUUCCGCAAACUUUCAGACAUAAAAAUAUGUACCUAUAGGAAAACAAUCUUUAUGCAUCCUGCUGGGACUAUGUUACAAGGAACAGCCAACCUAGCUGAUUCGCCUGUAUCCAGUCCCUUGUGCUGUAGAACUGUCUUCUAUGGAAUUCCUCUUUAAAUUGGGCUGGUAGAAGUAUGAAAAAUGAAGUGUUAUUAAAAGACAGAACUCUACAGCUGUAAAGGUAAUCAUUUUUUGUAACCUUGUAUUACAUAGACCAUGAAAUAUUAGCCCAAGCCUUGCCCCUACCACAUUCACUAGCACAAUAGAGACCAGGAGAGGACUGCUUAGCCUAGAAUGCUAAAACAGAGUGAUUGGGGAUUUUUGCCUUGAGAUUUCUGGUCACCUCCAUAGAGGUGAUGAUUGAAACCCAGUGAGAGUUCUAAAACAGAAUUCAACUGCUGCGAAAUUAGUAAGGAAUGGUGGGAGGCCCCUGUGUCCUGCUGCUUUCUGUCUUCCCAGAACUACCCAGGCAGAUUUGUCUGGGUUCUGAGAUGCUCAACAGGGCAUUUCUUUCCACUGGGACCUAGUGGAGAUUACUUUGGCUAAUGGACCUCUGCCAUGUAUUUGAUAGACUCUUUAGGAUAUUUAUGUCUAAGAAAAUGAGAGGUGGCAGUUUCAUUUAAUCACAUGGCAAUUAUAUGAACACACAUUUUAGUUAUGGAAGUAGCACAUGCGUUUAAUAACAUUUCUAACUCCACAGGAAGUACCACAUGCAGCAGAAAGGCAUCCUCUGUGCUGGUGUGUCUCAGUACCCAGCAAGAAACACUGUCAAUGUUGACAAACAUGAUUGCUUGUAUGUUAUGUCAGAAACAUAUAUUGCUCAUAUACACACAUACCUGAACAUGUAUACACAUAUGCAUCCAUACAUAAAUAGAAAUGUAUUUAUUUGUAUACAUAUGGACAUAUAUGCCAUAUACACAUAUUACGUAUGUUUAGAAGAGAAGACAUUUUAAAAGCAUGCAAACCAUCUUUAUGUGUAUAGUUAACACUACUAGGUGAUGAUCGGUACAGUAAUAGAAUUUUCAUCUGAUUGUUAUUUCCUCCAUCCCUGUGCUUACUUCUAUCCCUGUGUCACUGUAGCUGCACACAGCAUUGGUGAUUGUCAGAGUCAUAAAUUCCAUGACCAAUAUUAUUUAUUUAUUUUUGUAUGUUGCCUUCCAUGAUGCAUGAAACCAACAUUAGCCCUGUGGCUUGUCUGCUUUUGGAUCUCAAGGGAGUAAAGGAGAAUUCUUUCUUCUCUGAUCCCCUCACUGCUUAAGAUGAGUUGAUAAGAUCAACACCCAGACUUUCUGAUGCUCUUUAACUAGGGCAAGCUAUUGUCAGGAAGGGGUAGAUACUUGGGUGCGGUCUGGGGGUUGGAGCAGCUUGUCUUCCAGUAGGAGAAGCUAAUUAAAUCAUUGAGCACAGCAUGGUGUUUUAUUCAGUUAUGCUCUUGAAAAGCUAAAAUAGAUCUUUGUUAAAUGGCUCAUCAUAACCACCAACUAAGACUGCUAAUUGUUCUAUGCAACUAAAUUAUGUGUGUGUUAGGAAAAGAGAGACCAUGUAUUAAAUUAGCUAUCUGAACACACUGUAAUAUGUAUCUAGUAUAAUCUCCCUUCUGCCUACAUCUCAAAAACACUGCCUUUCAGUCUCUCGGUGCUUCUCAGCACUGAGCUCCACAUUCAGCAGAUAAAAUGUCCUUUUUCUAUGCUCCAGCCAUUGCCCAUUUUCUGUUCCCCAGUUCUCUGGCUGUGCCAACAUUUCUGGCACUAUUGUCUAUCACUUUGUUUCACAGCUGCCUAAAUUUUCCCCAGAUGUUGUGAUUGCAAUAUAUCAACAUGAAAUUUCCCUCUGAGGCAAGUACCCAUGUUGCCCAAAGGAACGUAUGUGCCUAGUGACCUCAGCUGUCUAAUAGAAUUAUGACAAGUUGAUUCUUAGAAGCAGUCUUUGAGGUUUAGUUUAUUUUUUUGUUCUAGUCACUUAAGAGGUCACAAUUACAGAUAUUUCUUCCAUUUCAAAUGGUGUAAGUGACAUGUACUUUUAACAUCACCCAAAGAACAGGAUUAUAUAUGGGUUAUACUCUUGAGGGCCAUCUGUGGUUUUUGUUUUUUUUUUUUUUCAAGUUUGUUAAUGCAGUUUAAUGAGAAACCUAAAAACAGAAAUAAGCAAAAGAUACCACACUGGAUAAUCCACUCACCCAGAACAUUGAAAUUCAUUAUUCUGGUCCCAAAGAGGAAACAGAAUAAUCAUAAAGCUAUUAAAGCAAAUACUUUACAGUAGAAAUUUGGAUAUUGGAUGAUGCAUUCCUCCAGGAAAACACACACACACACACACACACACACACACACACACACACACACACACACUCAGUGAUGCUCAUCCAAUAAUAUAUUCAAAAACCCAUUGUAUUUGCAAGUAUUUCAACAUUUCUUUCAAAAUACCUGUCACUCACUGUGAUACAGCCACCUCAGUAAGAAUAUAGCUAUCUAAGAAUGCAAAGGAUAAAUGACUUCAAGGAAGUGGCAGACAAGGAAACAGAGAAAAAUGUAAGUAGUUCAAGUUCUGUAAGUUCCAUGUGUUUGGACUUGAGGGAACCUCAGCAUGCCCUGAAAGUUUACCAGGAUCUUUGUUAUUUGUAUUACUCUUUGGCUAGCAUAUUUUAGUUCUGUGCAAGCAAAUGCAAUAGUAUUAUUUUGUAUUUCCAUUUCCCUGGAAUCUUAAAAAUAUAUUUGAAACUUUGGCUUUAAGAUGAAACUUAGAAACCCUACUUAAGUAAAGGCUAAGAUUUAUUUAUACCAGCCCUCAAGAGCUAAACCAGAAAUAAUAAGCAGAAUUUUCAGUGGGUUUUGAUUAAAUAUAAAGAAGAUGAAGUAUGAGUUGCCAAAUAGUGCAGUGGGCAUCCGUACAGAGUUACAGACUUUCAACAUCUGGAAACACUUAAACGGAGGGUAUUUGACCAUCUUUAGGCAUGACACAAGCAGGGAUUUGUGAUCUGAAGGGGCUGGAAAUUAGAUUGUUAUUUUCUUUACAUCAUUCUGAAAAUGGCUUUGUCUGAUGGCAACAUUUGAUCUUAAAAAUUAAUGAGAACCUUGAUUUUUUGAUUAAAACAUUUUAUACAUGAGAACUUUAAAACCUUGGAGGGGGUGGUCUUUAGUUCUCAUUUUAAAACAUUAAAAAUUAAAACAACUAAGCACAGAUGUAAGAACUCAAAAAAAUAAAGAGAUAAAAAUUCAAAAUUCUUCUGAAAACAUUUUGGGUGUUGAUGAAUAUUCUUGGACAUUCUCAAGUAAAGCCUUAUUGGAAAUCUUGCCAUUCUUCCAAUAUAAGAAAGUGCUGUGAUUUGAGAUUCUUAGAAUUAACUGUAACCUAAUCAGAAGGGAAUUCUGCCCGAGGGACAUUUAGAAGCUAAGUAAAUGUACAUGAAAGGCAUCAUGGAGAAUGCCUUGGCUUCUGGUACCAACCUGGUAAUUGCAAGGGAGGAAAUAAAGAACAAAAUGGUGGGAUAAGUUUUCUCUCUGCUUCCAGUGUUACAGUAUCUGGAGGGUAAUGGUGUCUAAGUUGGCUGCCUUUGGUCGUGGAAACAACUGGCACUCUCUCAUUUCUCAGCUCUGUACUGAGACACACAUGUGGUUUAGAGUAUAAAGUAAUUUAAAAAAACAAUUCAAAUAUUGUUUACUAACAACUUCCAUAAGAUUUUUUUUAAGUCAAUGCUUUGAUAGUUUGAUGCAUUUUGACACUUCUGAGCUUUGGCAUCUAAUACGAUUUUAUGAGGGAGAUAAUGCAGGUAAGAUGUUCUAAACUGGGUUCCAGCAUAGUGAUCAACCUGCAAAGAUUCACACAGUGACAGGGUUCUCACCAGAUAAGGGAUCUGUUGAACCAACGUGCCCCAAAUAGAUGCUUUCUAGGAAAAUAGUUUUGCACCAUUGCCUUCAGUGGACUUUUACAUCUGUUGUUCAGAUUUCCAUGAUACAAAGGUUUCUCCACUGAAAAAAAAAUUCUUGAAUAGAACCAAGAGAGAUCUUAAAAUUAGAAUUCUAGAGUUUUUGUUAUCAAGAGGCAUGCAAAUGUAGACAUAUUUCAAACACAAAAGAUUUGGAAACUGGUAAAUUCCAUGCAAAGAAGCUAGAGGUGAGUGAGGGUUGAUGACUUAUCUAUUUGUGAUUCUCAUUCUCUCUGUCUCUAUCUCUUUGUGUGUGUGUGUGUGUGUGUGUGUGUGUGUGUGUGUGUGUGUGUGUGUAAAUGAAAGUGCUAUUUUACCUCCUUUGAAGGCUGAUGUUGUUUCAGAAUGCUGUACCAAAAGGUGUUAAGAGUGGCCCUAUCAUUCAAGGCAUGAUUGAUCUGUUUAUGGGAGGGUGUAGGUGCAAAGUUCAUCCUACAAAACCACAUAUAUAGACACUCUGACACAUAUGGGAAUUAUGCUGUGCUUGAACUGGAAAGAAUAGAUAAUGUUCUCCCAUUCUGAUCUCAUAUUCUCCAAGGAUUGGGCAGACUGGUGAGUUUGUAGUAGGUUAUUUGAUCCUUAAAAAAAAAAAAAAAA